AUGCCCCCAGGGAUGCUACUUGGCUGGGCUAGGAUCCUCCUCUUCCUUUUCCCCCCUGGGUGCUGGUUUUGGCCACCCCAGAUUUAGAAGAAGCAGCGAGCGACCCCACCACAAAGCAACCAGCCGGGCCCUACAUCCCAUUGUCCUUUCCCAAAGCACCGUCUCCAUGGCAACAGAACAAACAGCAGCUCCGGGCUAGCCGGCUCUGCGCAGUGCAGCCCGUGGACCGAGCUCCAGCGUGGGGCUGUGGCCAUGGCCUUCUUUGGGCUCACCCUGCUGGGGUACCAAGAGCCCUUUUGGGCCCGGAGGCGGGAGCUGGCGGCAGACAGGAAGGAGCCGGCUGGCGCAGGACCAUUCCUGCCCAAGCUGCUGCCACUCCGGCCGGGUGGCACCGUGCACCAGGGCCGUGAGGACAUGUGUGGCCAGCCCACCCGGCGUGUCCGGCGCACAACACCCCCCAACCAAGUGUACAGGGUGCCCCUGACGUGCGGCCAGGACCUCGGCUGGUGGCUGCCCUGGGACCCAGCCUUGCGCCCAGAAGAGAUGAUGCCAUGGAUGGUGGUGCCUAGGCGCCCACUGGUGUGGAGCCCUGUGACCAGGUUCGUGGACAGCAUGAGCCUGAGCAACCCCCACUUCAGCCUGUUCUGAGCACUGCAGGGCACUGCCACUCCAGCCCCAGCCAUGGGCCAGGCCCUGGUGUGGCCACUCGUGUACCGCAAUAAACUGCUUUCCUU